AUGCAUCGCUCUAGCUACCCAAUCUCCCCCCGCCCAACAAAUUUCCGCGUCGGCGCGAUCCUUCUCUCCCGCAGCGACUCUGACCCUACAUUCGCAGAGGACACCAUCCUCUCUACAGGCUACACAAUGGAACUCGCCGGCAACACCCACGCCGAACAAUGCUGCCUCGCGAACUUCGCCAGCGUCCAUGGCGUCGCGGAUGAAGACGUCGGCUCUGCUCUUCCCGCUACCCCUCGCCACAGCCUCGUGAUGUACGUCACGAUGGAGCCCUGCGGGAAGCGAUUAAGUGGCAAUACGCCGUGCGCGGCGCGGCUGGCUGCGACGCGGAACGCAGGACGGGGAAUCCAGAAGGUGUAUUUCGGGGUGAAGGAGCCGGGGACUUUUGUGGGGGAGUCGGUGGGAUGUGCGAUGCUUUCUGAGGCGGGGAUUGAGUGGGAGUACGUUUCUGGGUUCGAGAAGGAGAUUCUAGAGGUUGCAUUCGCAGGACAUGAGAAUCCGGCGAGGGAGGUUGAGGAGGCGCUGGAGGGAAUUAGGGUUGAGAGGGAGAAGGCUGAGGAGAAAAAAGAGAAGAGGCGCCGAGGAAUCCGAAAAAGAGAAUGA